AUGUCAAUUGAUGAACCUUCAAAUAAUGAUGUCCAACAUAUAAACAUCAUUCAGGAUUUCACUGUUCUACAAAAAGUGUCAAAGAGACAACGAAUUUUCCGCGUUGGUGUUGAUAUCGAUGAAUUGGUUUCGUCUCAUGAAGUAUGUGUUCCUCCUGGUGUUAAUGUCUAUAUAGUUGAUUCAGAGGCAACUUCAUCAUUAAACAAUGUGGCGAAUCGUUCUGAUUGUCCGAGUGAUUCUAUGGAUUUCCUGACACGUAAAUCAGGAAACACAAACAUAGAUGAAACGACGGUCUCUAAUCAGUUUUUGAUUCAACAGGCUCCAUGUGUUGUUCGGGAAGAGUCAAGUUUUGAAACAAGUAUACCAUCACCUCGUAGGGGUGGGGGACAUCGUCGCUUUGUUGGACGUAGACAACUAUUGCAAGUUGUGCCAUCUGAAGCAUAUUCCUUGCCGUAUGUGCCUUGUUGCAGAUAUUGUAAAGCAAAACGAUUCUAUCAUGAAACAAACGGAUUUUGCUGUGCAGAUGGGACAAUUUCUUUGGCCACAAAUGAUGUCCCUGAUCAGCUUUAUGAUCUUUUUACCUCCGAUGCAAAUGAAGCCGCGCAUUUUAAGACCUAUGUUCGGACUUAUAAUAACAAGUUCGCGUUUACAUCUUUUGGAGUUAAAUUCGAUAGAGAUCUUUGCAGACGAAAUAAAGGGAUUUAUACCUUCCGAACUCAGGGACAGAUCUAUCACUAUAUUGACGAUUUAGUCCCUUUAAAUGGUCGUCCUUCUUCUCUCCAAUUGUAUUUCUAUGAUACUAAGCACGAAUUAGAAAAUCUUAUUUCUGAUUCAGACAGAAUGAACCCAUCAAUUAUAGUUCAACUCAUCGAUAUUCUUCGCAUAAAUCCAUAUUCUGUGUUUUUCCGAUCUCUUGGUGAUUUGCCAAAUUUGGAAAAUCAAGUAAUCCAUAUAAGAUCAGAUGCUGGCCUAGAUCAGCGUGUGUCCAAUGCCCCGACAUCUUCACAAGUUGCAGCAAUAUGGGUUGAAAAUGAAGAUGCAGAUCAGUUGGGAGGACGGGACAUUUGUGUCUUUAGUCAUUCUGGUGGAAGUCAUAUAGUUCAGUAUUAUUUUGGCUGCUAUGAUCCACUUCAGUAUCCGCUGUUAUUUCCUUUUGGGGAUACUGCAUUAAACAGAAAAAUGAAGGAUCCAAUUGUUUCGUGUCGUGAGUAUUAUUGCUACAAAUUACAAAUCAGAGAAAAUUUCAGAUCAAUUUUGUUGCUGUCUGGUCGUCUAUUGCAACAAUUCGUUGUUGAUAUGUAUGUUAAGAUCGAGACGUCAAGAUUAGACUAUUUUCGUAGCAAACAACAACAUAUUCGAUCUGAGUUAUAUCAAGGUAUUGUUGAUACCAUUACACUAGGGGAAACUAACGCUUCUAAUGUUGGAAAACGGAUUAUUCUGCCUUCGUCAUUUAUUGGGGGUCCAAGAGACAUGCGAAAAAGAUAUAUGGAAGCAAUGGCUUUAGUUCAGCGUUAUGGUAAACCAGACAUUUUUUUAACAAUGACAUGCAAUCCAAAUUGGCAAGAAAUUUCAAAUGAAUUACGCCUACAUGAGGAGAGUCAAAAUCGGCCUGAUUUAGUUGCUCGGGUCUUUCGUGCAAAAUUAGAAGAAUUAAAGGAUCGAUUAUUCAAGCAACAGAUAUUUGGAAAAGUUUCAGCAUAUGUUUAUGUUAUUGAGCACCAAAAAAGAGGCCUUCCACAUGCUCAUUUUCUAAUUAUAUUACAAAGAGAUUGGAAACUCUAUGCGCCUGAAUCUUUUGAUGACAUUGUAUCGGCAGAAAUACCUGAUAAAAAUACGAAUUUGCAUUUGCAUAACGCCGUUGUCAAGCAUAUGAUACAUGGACCAUGUGGAGUGUUGAAUCCAACAAAUGUUUGCAUGAAAAAAAAUGGUUAUUGCAAAAGCCAUUAUCCAAAAAAUUUUGCAUCAAGUACGACUGUUGGAAAUGAUUGCUUCCCAAUAUAUAGGCGUUCUGACAAUGGAAUAACUGUCAAAGUGAGAGGUCAUAAUUUGGAUAACCGUUGGGUCGUUCCAUAUAAUCCGUAUUUGCUUGCAACAUUUGACUGUCACAUUAACGUCGAGAUUUGUUCUACUAUAACAGCAGUCAAAUAUCUUUAUAAGUACAUUUACAAAGGGCAUGAUCGUGUUGCUUUCAAUUUGGUUUCUGAACAAAAUAAUCAACAAAUUGAUGAAAUCCAACAAUUCCAAUCAGCCCGAUGGAUUGCUCCGCCUGAAGCUAUGUGGAGAAUAUAUGGCUUUGUUGUUAAUGAAAUGUACCCAGCAGUGUAUAGCUUACAUUUACAUCUUGAGGAUCAACACCAAGUAACUUUUCGAGCAAAUGAAGACUUAAUCAAUGUUCUCAACUCUGAUCGGUCUGCAAAAUCGAUGUUAACAGAAUUCUUUGCAUUAAAUCGAGUGGAUGAGAAUGCCAGGACAUUGUUGUACAAAGAAUUUCCAGAAUUCUAUGUUUGGAGCCAACAAUACAAAGAGUGGACUUGUCGAAAAAAGAAAACUGUUAUAGGUCGAAUUAUUACAGCAAAUCCAUUUGAAGGUGAGAGGUAUUAUCUGCGGAUAUUGCUAAAUCAUGUAAGAGGACCUUUGUCAUUUGAAGAUCUUAGGACAGUUGAUGGUGUUGUGGCUCCAACUUUUCGUGAGGCAGCAACUAUGCAUGGUUUGCUACAGAGAGACAGUGGUUUAGAAGAUUGUUUACAUGAAGCAUCUCUAUAUCAAAUGCCGUCCAGUUUGAGACGGCUAUUUGCAACUAUAUUGGUUUAUUGUAAUCCAACCAAUCCGAGAGAGCUUUGGGAACGUUUUGAGCAAGAUAUGUCAAUUGAUUUUAGGUCAACUGAAGAUUCUAUGUUGACUGUAAGAAUGCAAGUUUUGCGCUCAAUCUCUUUUACACUUGAAUCAAUGGGGAAACACAUUAAUUCAUUUCAUCUUCUUGAUGACGACAUUUGUUUUGAUGAAGACCAAUUCGAAUCUAGGGAAAUCGAUGAUGAAUUGGCUGUUGAAAUUCCAGAAGAAGAUACUGCUGCAUCAGAAAUCCUUAAUAGUGAACAGCGACAUGUCUAUAAUUCAGUUUUGGAAAAUGUUUUUUCAAACAAAACUGCUACAUUCUUUGUUGAUGGCCCUGGUGGGACAGGGAAGACAUUCCUGUACAAGGCACUUCUCGCUGCAGUAAGAUCAAGAAAAUUAGUGGCACUUGCAACUGCUUCAUCUGGUGUUGCUGCAUCUAUCCUUCCUGGAGGUCGAACAGCACACUCGCGCUUUAAGAUUCCAUUAGAUACUGAUGAACAUAGCAUGUGUUGUGUCAGUAAACAAAGUGCCAUUGCAAAGCUACUACGUGUAGCAAGGUUAAUUAUAUGGGAUGAGGCCCCUAUGUCAAGAAAACAACACAUCGAAGCUUUAGAUAAAAUGUUACGAGACAUUAAUGAUUCAGAGUUAACAUUCGGUGGAAAAGUUGUCGUUUUUUGUGGAGAUUUUCGCCAGGUUUUACCUGUGGUUCGUAAAGGAACAAGACAAGAACAUGUUGACGCCAGUUUGGUUUCUUCUUAUUUGUGGCCUACAUUGAUCAAACUUCGUUUAACUGAAAAUAUGAGAGCAAGAUUGGAUCCAGUUUUUUCAGAAUAUGUGUUAGAAUUAAGCAACGGAAUGACACCAAUCACAAUUGACGAAACUGUAAAAAUUCCUAAUGGCAUGCUUGUUCCCUAUGAAGAUGACUGUACUUCUUUGGAUCAUUUAAUAGAUGUUGUUUUCCAAGAUAUUCAUGAAUAUUCAAUAAAUAUUUCAGCUAUGAUGAAUCGGGCCAUAUUAACACCAAAGAACAGUUAUGUUGAUGAAAUAAAUACAUUACUGAUUCAUAGGUUUCCUGGUGAGCUUAGGCGAUAUUAUAGCUUUGAUGAAGCAAUAGAUGCAUCUGAACAAUCAGUUAUGGAGGAUUUUUUAAAUACUCUAACCCCAAAUGGACUUCCUCCUCAUGAAUUGUUACUAAAGAUAAACUGUCCCAUCAUGUUGUAUAUGCUUGCAUUAAUCACGAUCUCUAUUUCUAAUGAAGGAUUGUCUCUUUCAUCACGUCCGAAAAGUAAAUUUAUGAUCAAUCCUGUUCUUCCUGAGGCAACUUCAUUGCAAGAGUGUUGUCGAGCAUAUGUUCAACUCGACGAUGGUACAGGAAGACUAUCUGCUGUUAUGUUUGGUGAAGUUGUAGAGGAAGCAUUCGGUUGUUCGGCAGUUGAGCUGAUGAAGCAUACUGGUGAUGAACAUUUGCCUUAUAUAGAAAAUCUUGUAGCACAAGUUUCACAGAAAGAGUGGAUGAUUGAACUUUUAGUAGAUCCCAAUCGACUCAACCAACAACAGCACAAGAAUUUCAAUGUCAUUUCUAUUGAUGCAGUACAAGAAGACACAAAAUGA